AACCAACUAACACCAGCACCAAACCUCGACUUUGCUGCUCUUUUUAGCUCUGGCCUUGCACUUAAAGAAACGGAAAAGCCAUAUUGACAAUCAUUGUAAAGAAAAUAAGGCACAGCAAAAGUGGGUAACUGACUGAAAAGGGAGAGUUGUGAUCAAGGAAGGAUGGGAAGAAGAGAAGGAAUUUAAACCUUACAGAACUGCUGAUCAAGAAUUGGAGGAAGAAAGAGGAAUUUUGAAAAAUGACCACAGCAAGAUUCAUCAAAUGUGUGACUGUGGGCGAUGGAGCUGUAGGGAAGACUUGUAUGCUUAUCUCUUACACAAGUAACACCUUCCCAACGGAUUAUGUUCCCACUGUGUUUGACAACUUCAGUGCCAAUGUUGUGGUGGAUGGGAGUACAGUGAAUCUUGGACUAUGGGACACUGCAGGGCAGGAAGAUUACAACAGACUGAGACCUCUAAGUUAUAGAGGUGCUGAUGUGUUUCUAUUGGCUUUCUCUCUCAUCAGCAAGGCCAGUUAUGAGAAUAUCUCCAAGAAGUGGAUCCCUGAGCUGAGACAUUAUUCUCCAAACGUUCCCAUCGUGCUGGUAGGAACCAAGCUUGAUUUACGUGAAGACAAGCAGUUUUUGAUGAACCAUCCUGGAGCAACACCAAUCACGACAGCUCAGGGUGAGGAAUUGAAGAAGAUGAUUGGUGCAGCAGUUUAUAUCGAAUGCAGCUCCAAGACUCAGCAGAAUGUGAAAGUGGUGUUUGAUUCUGCAAUCAAGGUAGUUCUGCGGCCACCAAAACCGAAGAAAAAGCACCGGAAGCCAAGGCCAUGCACGUUUCUCUAGUCCAGUUUCAUGUUAAUACUAACAUGAAAGUAUUACUGUGCCUCUUACAAGUGUUCCUUUUCCAUUUCUGUCACUCUUAAGGGAUGCAAGAUCACUAGAAAAUCAUGAUGGAUGUCUUGGAUUUCUUUUCUGCUAUUGGCUCUUGGCAUUUGCAGUAUUCCCCAUUUUGUUCUCCUUGGUGAGCAUUUAUGUAUAGGCAAUUGCCUUUUUUUUUUUUUUUUCUUCUGAAGUAUAUUUCAUUUUCAAUUUUCUCAUUA